CAAAAACUUCCCAACAUUUUUCAUUAAAAAACUGUCUUUAUUACAUUUUCCACCAUCAAAAACUCAACUUAACCUUAAACCCUUCCAUGUUCCUUUCUCUUUAUGGCAUUCUUCAACACUCUCCUCUCCCUCUCUCUCCUCCUUCUCCUCUCUUCCCAUCUUUCUCUCUCCUCUUCCUCCUCCAUUCAUGACCUUCUCCGCUCAAAAGGCUUACCAGCUGGUCUCUUACCAGAAGAAGUAAAGUCCUACACUUUCUCAGAAAAUGGCCACUUAGAAGUGUUCCUUGAAUCACCUUGUUUAACAAAGUACGAAAAUAGAGUCUACUUUGAACAAAUAAUCACUGCGAAUCUUACAUAUGGAAGCCUCAUUGGUGUUGAAGGUUUGCAACAAGAAGAGCUUUUUGUUUGGUUACCUGUUAAGGAUAUCAUUGUGGAUGAUCCUUCUUCUGGUUUGAUUCUCUUUGACAUUGGUCUUGCUUAUAAACAACUCUCUUUCUCUCUCUUUGAAGUUCCACCUCGUUGUAAACCUCAAGGUGUGUUGAAGAAUGGUGUGAGAAAGGAGAAAGGUUUUGAGGCAGUGAGGUAGUAGGAAAAGAUGUAAACUUUGUUUUCAUGCUUCAAUUGUUGUCUUUUUCAAUGUCUUGUUUAUAUACUUUGGGCUUUUCAAGUUUGAAGUUAUAGUUAAUAUGUGUAGGGUUUUUUUAGUGUAGAGGUUGAACAUGUAAAAAUGUGGGGAGAUAAAUCAAGAACUAUGUUUUCAAUUUUACAA